AUGUGGAAUGAUCGCAAAGUUGGCGUUUUAGGCGGAGGCCAGUUGGGCCGCAUGUUCGUCGAAUCCGCUAACAGACUGAAUAUCCAAGUCAAUGUCCUCGAUGCGGAGAAGGCUCCGGCGAAGCAAAUCAGUUCCCACGACGACCAUGUCACCGGUUCAUUUAAGGAGCGUGAGGCAGUACGGGAAUUGGCGAACAAGUCCGAUGUUAUCACGGCCGAAAUUGAGCACGUCGAUACUUAUGCUCUCGAGGAGGUUGAUUCUCAUGUCCAGAUAGAGCCUAGCUGGCAGGCUAUUCGCACAAUUCAGAACAAGUUUAACCAGAAGGAACAUCUCGCGAAGCACGGUAUUCCAAUGGCGGAGCACCGUGAGCUGGUUGAGAAUACUCCGCAGGAAUUAGCUAAGGCCGGUGAAGAGUUGGGAUACCCACUGAUGUUGAAGUCGAAGACCAUGGCAUAUGAUGGACGCGGUAACUACCGUGUCAACUCGAAGGAAGAUAUCCCCGAUGCCCUCGAGUUUCUCAAAGGCCGCCCACUAUAUGCGGAGAAGUGGGCUUAUUUCCAAAAGGAACUAGCCGUGAUGGUCGUGAAAACCAAAGACUCCGUUCUAUCCUACCCUACCGUUGAGACCGUCCAAGAAGACUCUAUCUGCAAGCUUGUCUACGCCCCCGCGCGCAACGUCCCCGACGCUAUCAACCAACAGGCCCAGAAGCUCGCACGCAAGGCCGUUGCAACCUUUGAAGGAAAGGGUGCCUUCGGCGUUGAAAUGUUCCUCAUGAACGAUAACAGCCUGCUCCUUUGCGAACUUGCGUCCCGAGUCCACAACUCCGGCCACUACACCAUCGAAGGAUGCGCCCUCUCCCAAUUUGAUACCCACCUCCGCGCCAUCCUCGACCUCCCCAUUCCCGCGGAGAGCCUCCAAAUCCGCCAACCCUCUAUCAUGCUCAACAUCAUUGGCGGCUCCGCACCAGACACCCACCUCAAAGCCGCCGAAGCGGCCCUCUCCAUUCCCAACGCCUCAAUCCACCUCUACAGCAAAGGCGCCGCCAAACCAGGCCGUAAAAUGGGCCAUGUCACAGUCACCGCACCCACAAUGCACGAGGCCGAAUCCUACAUCCAACCUCUCGUCAACGUCGUCGACGAAAUCCGCUCCCAGCGCUCCGAUAUCAAAACUAAGCCCGCCCCCUCGGGGCCCGUCAUACCCGCCCCGCAAGUCGCCGUCAUGAUGGGUUCGGACAGUGAUCUCAAAACCCUCGUCCCCGGCCUCAAAUUACUCAGGGAUACUUUCGGCAUCGAGCCCGAUGUCGAUAUCACAUCCGCCCACCGCACCCCGACCUUCAUGGCUGAGUACUCUGCUGCCGCUGCUGCGCGGGGAAUUAAAGUUAUCAUCGCUGCUGCUGGUGGCGCCGCUCACCUACCCGGCAUGGCUGCGGCACAUACGGCGCUGCCUGUAAUCGGUGUCCCUGUUAAGGGUAGUUCCCUGGAUGGCGUGGAUAGCCUGCACAGUAUUGUGCAAAUGCCAAGGGGGGUUCCUGUCGCUACAGUCGGUAUCAACAACAGCAUCAAUGCUGCGUUGCUGGCAGCCCGAAUUAUUGGCGCGUUUGACCCGGCUAUCCAGCGAAAGAUUGAGGCGUAUGCUGAAAAUGCCAGGGUAGAAAACAUGGAGGUGAAGAAUACUAAGAUGCAGGAGUUAGGGUGGGAGAAGUAUUUUAACCAGAUGCCGUGA